AUGGACCUCAACUACGAAAAUAAUGCGAACAAGGACGAGGCUAAGGAGACCGUAGCUGCACACGACCUUCCAGCCUUGUCGGAUGAGCAGUCGGAGGAAGGGUUCAGGGAAAUGGAGCGCUAUGUCAACUACAACGAUGACUCCGAUUACCUCAAUAUUAACAACACCACCAGCCAUGCACCAUCUAGCUGGAGGAAUCCGUCAACUUCUGCUGGUUCCAUCGCGACAUCGUCAAUGCCACAGCCCAUAUCAUCCAGAUACUCGGUCUUACCCGGCUGCUUGGGUCACUCCACCAUGGCCACUGCCCGCUUCUUCUCCAGCCACAACAAGCCUUCACUUCCUUUCUUCUAUGUCGCAUGUUCCUAUCACUUCAAAGGCAAAGCCAGGUCGUCGAAGGCCCCCGCGCACCCACGCAAAGCGCCGAAGUCGCGUUCGACUCGGAGUCGCAUUGGAGAGACCCCUGCGCAGAAGAGUGCGCGGCGCAAACGUACCAGUGGGGUGCUAACCCCCUACGAAGUGGAUGCUCUGCCGUCCGCAGAGUAUACAGACAGGGCGGUUCGUUCAAUCCUCAAAAUACCGUAUAAUAUUCCGCUAGAAGAUGCGUGGCCAUAG